GGCUGUCACUGGGUGUGAGGGCUGCUGCCUCACUUACUCGCCAGGGCCCUGGCUCUGCGGAAGAUCAGGAGAGGCUUUCUCUGGGAGUGCUGCUAGGGCAGCGGUGGACUGAUCCCUCCUCUGGUGACAUUCCGGUCAAGAAGAAAGAAACGGAGUUCCUUGGGCCCCAGUCUACCCAUGAGUAAGAGCAAAUGCUCAGUGGGACCAAUGUCCUCUGUGGUAGCCCCGGCUAAAGAGCCCAAUGCCAUGGGCCCCAGAGAAGUGGAGCUCGUCCUGGUCAAGGAGCAGAAUGGAGUGCAGCUGACCAACUCCACCCUCAUCAACCCACCACAGACACCGGUGGAGGCUCCAGAGCGGGAAACAUGGAGCAAGAAAAUUGAUUUCCUGCUCUCAGUCAUCGGUUUUGCUGUGGACCUGGCCAACGUCUGGCGGUUUCCCUACCUGUGCUACAAAAAUGGUGGAGGUGCCUUCCUGGUACCCUAUCUGCUCUUCAUGGUUAUUGCUGGGAUGCCCCUCUUCUACAUGGAGCUGGCCCUUGGACAGUUCAACAGAGAAGGAGCUGCUGGAGUCUGGAAGAUCUGCCCUGUCCUGAAAGGUGUGGGGUUCACCGUCAUCCUCAUUUCCUUCUACGUGGGCUUCUUCUACAAUGUCAUCAUUGCAUGGGCACUGCACUACUUCUUCUCCUCCUUCACUAUGGACCUCCCAUGGAUCCACUGCAACAACACCUGGAACAGCCCCAACUGCUCCGAUGCCCGUGUCAGCAACUCUAGUGAUGGCCUGGGCCUCAAUGGCACCUUUGGAACCACACCUGCUGCUGAGUACUUUGAGCGUGGUGUGCUGCACCUCCACGAGAGCCAUGGUAUUGAUGACCUGGGUCCUCCACGGUGGCAGCUCACAGCCUGCCUGGUGCUGGUCAUUGUCUUGCUCUACUUCAGCCUGUGGAAGGGAGUAAAGACCUCAGGAAAGGUUGUAUGGAUCACAGCUACCAUGCCCUAUGUGGUCCUCACUGCCCUGCUACUGCGUGGAGUCACCCUUCCUGGAGCCAUGGAUGGCAUCAAAGCAUACCUUAGUGUGGACUUCUACCGGCUCUGCGAGGCAUCUGUGUGGAUUGAUGCUGCCACCCAGGUGUGCUUCUCCCUGGGCAUUGGUUUUGGGGUGCUGAUCGCCUUCUCCAGCUACAAUAAGUUCACCAACAACUGCUACAGAGACGCAAUCAUCACCACAUCUAUUAACUCCCUGACAAGCUUCUCCUCGGGCUUCGUCGUCUUCUCCUUCCUGGGAUACAUGGCACAGAAGCAUAACGUGCCCAUCGGGGAUGUGGCCACAGAUGGACCUGGGCUGAUCUUCAUCAUCUACCCUGAGGCAAUUGCCACACUCCCGCUGUCCUCGGCCUGGGCUGCUGUCUUCUUCCUCAUGCUGCUCACUCUGGGUAUCGACAGUGCUAUGGGGGGCAUGGAGUCUGUGAUCACUGGGCUUGUCGACGAGUUCCAGCUACUACAUCGGCACCGAGAACUCUUCACUCUUGGCAUUGUCCUGACCACCUUCCUGCUGUCUCUCUUCUGUGUCACCAACGGUGGCAUCUAUGUAUUCACACUGCUGGACCACUUUGCAGCUGGCACAUCCAUCCUCUUUGGUGUGCUCAUUGAAGCCAUUGGGGUGGCCUGGUUCUAUGGUGUCCAGCAAUUCAGCGAUGACAUCAAGCAGAUGACAGGCCAGAGGCCCAACCUGUACUGGCGGCUAUGCUGGAAGCUGGUCAGCCCCUGCUUCCUCCUGUAUGUGGUUGUAGUCAGCAUUGUGACCUUCAGACCCCCACACUAUGGAGACUACAUCUUCCCAGACUGGGCCAAUGCACUGGGCUGGAUCAUUGCCACAUCCUCCAUGGCCAUGGUGCCCAUUUAUGCCACCUAUAAGCUCUGCAGCCUGCCGGGGUCCUUCCGAGAGAAACUGGCCUAUGCCAUCACGCCUGAGAAAGACCGCCAGCUAGUGGACAGAGGGGAGGUACGCCAAUUCACGCUGCGCCACUGGCUGUCGGUGUAAAGAGGAAGGAGACAGCAGCCAAGUGAGCCAUCUCACGACAGCAGGGACAGGGAGCUCCCUAAAGGAAACCCAAACACCACGAAAGGAGGACCGCUUCUCCCCUCCCCCUUUGCCAUAAGGAAAAGUAAUCAGAGCGUGGGCUUCAAUCUUUGACUGUUCACACCCAAUCCAUGCUACAAAAAUGAAACCUCUCUCUGAACAUGGCUGAAAGAACGCACACCUCUAUACAGUGAGGUCAACCAUGUCCCUUGUCCCUACUAGAUGGAAAAGACCUGGUUGUUAUCCUAUUCCUACAAGGCUGAUUCCCUCAUCUGUGGUCACCCUAGGAGAACAGGUAUUACUGUCCCCUACACCCUAGGAGAUGGACCUUAGUACUUAUAUAUACACUGUGCCAGAAUCCUUGUGCUCACAAUAGCUGCCUAAAUCAAUUCUUUUGCUCAAAUUUACAAAUGUCCAGCAUCCUGUUUUGUCUGCUUCGUAGAAGGUAGAAAAGACAGUCAAUAUAUGCCAAGUGCUUUCCUGGUGCUUGGCUCUGAGCAGACACCGUGACCUUAGCAUCCUGUUCACACAUCACACACACACAGGGUCUGUUCUGAGCCAUGGAGGACAAGGGACUUGGUGAAAGUGACCACAGAGUCUGUUUUUUUUCCUUUAUAGCUGAGAUAAAUAGAUAUGAAAUAAGGUUUGGAUACAACCCCUAUUCCUGGCCCCUGGGAGGCCUGCUCAGCUUGUGUCACUUCAGUAUGGAACUCCAGGCCACAGAGAACUCACAGCCAGUGUGUCCCAACCCCUGGACACCUGCUCUUCACAGGGGUUCCAAAGCAGAAGAUCAUAUUUCUGGCCUGGAGCUCUGCCUGUUCUUUGGGUUUGAUUUCCCAGAGUCUCCCAUCACAUCAAUGGACAUUAUCCAUUUUAGAAACGGCUUUUUUUAAAUCAUAUUUAUGUGUGAAUCAAAAUGACUCUCAAAAUGCAAGGCUAGUUUGUUCAGAUCUGUUUGCUGAUGUCCCUGUUUCUGUUUACAAGAGUAAUUAGCAAUACCAUAGGAAGAAGGUAGACCAAGAACCACCUUCCCACAGAGUGCUGGCUUUAGCCCCUGGAGUAAAAUGCCGAUGUCAUGAUUUUCCUUUGAGCUAAUAAAUAUGAACUUUGGCCUGCCCUGUAUUCUGUGGAAAUGGUACCAUAUGUCUGUCUGUGAGAGCCAAACUUAGGCAUCCUCUGCAAAUAGACAUUGGCGUGAGGGACUGGAGUGGGCUGCCAGGUGGAAGGUACAGGUCUAUGGGCUUCAAGACUGCAGUGUGGCUGAGAGGAAUCGGAUUUACUAUCUUCUCUCUGAGGAGUGGCUCCAUGUAGAAAUCCAGGUGUUGUCAGCAUCUGUUUUGUCUCCAUAGUUAGUACCUUGUAUGGGUCCUUACAAACAAUAAAAGAAAUACAUGUUGGAAA